AUGAGGCUCUUAGUUUCAACAUUAGUCUUAUUUCUCGGGCUAUGCUGCUCCUUCUCCGUUAAUUACGUCGUUAACGGCGAUCCCGACACGGAUAUUACUAACGAAGGUUGCAAUCCGACCACGUAUUCUGACGGCGAUGCUUACGGAGUAGCCGUAAAGGAGGCGCUCAAUAAUAUGUUUAUGACUACGCCCUUCGCCUUAGGCUACAAUUACAGCGUAAGUGUCAAAAGCAAUGGGGACAGUGGCUUAGCGGCUUUCGCUUACGGAAACUGUGAGAAGUCACUGAUGGCGACGGACUGCAGCGCUUGCAUGAUCGCUGCUUACAACGAUGUCACUAGUCUUUGCAAUGGUCAUAUGGCCGGUUGGAUUGGCAUGGUUGAUUGCUUCAUUGGUUAUCUUCCAGUUUGA